UCCUGAGGAUGAUGCUGUGGUGACAAUGAUGCUGUAACAGUGACAGUGCUGUGGUGACAAUGACGAUGUGGUGACAAUGCGGAUGCUGUGGUGACAAUGACGUGGUGAUAAUGCUGUGGUGACAAUGAUGAUGCCAUGGUGACAAUGACAAUGUCCUGACGAUGAUGCUGUGAUGAGAAUGACAAUGUCAUGACAGUGACAAUGCUGUGGUGACAAUGACGAAGGGGUGACAAUGGCAAUGCAGCGGUGGCAAUGAUGUGGUGACAAUGACGAUGCCAUGUUGAUGAUGCUGUGGUGACAAUGACGACAUUGUGGUGACGAUGACAAUGCUAUGGUGACAAUGCUGUGAUGACAAGGAUGAUGUGGUGACAAUGAUGACCCCAUGGUGACAAUGCUGAGAUGACAAUGUCGAGUCCUGGGUCACCCCCUCCCUGUUCUCUCCUGGCCAAGCACCAAGGAUGGGUUUUUCUGGGGCUUUUCCAUGUUUGAGGAUCUCCAGGUGUUGUCCCACUCAGGAGGUGACAAAGGUGGCCUGUGGCACCCCCCGGACAGGACAUGGUGGCACCAACGCCACCCCGGUUCUGCCUCACCCCGCCAACCCUAAAACGAUCCCAAACCUUCCAAAUGGGAGCCCAAACCCUUAAAAAGCUUGGGAAUAUCAAAUCCUAGUGGGAAGUGACCCAAAAUUCUGAGUCUUGUCCUGCCCUUUCAGGCGCGGCCCCACAGAGCCGCCAUGAGCCGGUGUCACCCGCUGUCACCCGUGGGUGCCAGGGCUCAGCGAGGUGCCAGGAGCUCUGGAUCAAGGGCAGCCCUUCCCAUGGGAAAAGCUUUUCCAACCAAACCAUCCCACCCAUGGCUGCUCCGGCACAUGGUGCUGGCACAGGAUGUGACAUUCCAGGUGGUGGCCUUGGGGACAAAGUGUCCUGGAGCAUCCUGGGGUUACUCCAGCCUAUCCCAGCAGAUCCAAACUGGGAGUACUGGGAGUGGAUCCAGGGGUGUCUCCCUGUCCAAGAGUGUCAUUCCCUAUGGAGCCAGGUGUCACCCAAGGUCCCCUCCCUCAUCCCGAGCUGAGGCCGUUCAGGGAUCCUCUGGAAUCGAGGCCUUGCCCAUCUCCAGUGGCGCUGGAAUUUUGGGAAUUCUGAGCUUUUACAAGCUCUUUUACCAGGAUCCCAUGCUGGUUUGGGAUUCCCUGCUGGGAAUCCUCCAGCUCCUGGUGACAUCGGAAUGUCCCUUUCCAUGUCCCCAUCCCUUCCAUCCGUGUCCAUCCAACCUCCCGGUUUUCCCCUGGAACGAUUUCACCGAUUUUGAGGAUCAGCCCUUCUCCAUCCUCUCUUCCUGCUUUCCCUGCAAUCCCUGCAAUUCCCAGGGCUCUGUGCCCUGCUCAUCCAGCCCCUGGAGCCUCCUCUUUUCCUGCACAUCCCGUCCUUGCUCCCCACCGGAAUCCGGCCCUUCCAGCCAUCCCACAGAGUCCCACAUUCCCAGUUUUUCUCUUUUGGGAAAGUCACGACCUUUCAUCUCCCAGUUUUGGGAUGUCAAAGGCUUGAAAUGUUUCCCGGGGAGUCGGUGGGGAAUGGAAUUUUUUGGUGAUGGCAGCCGCUCUCCCGCAUUGUCCAAGUUCUCCUGGCUUUUUAUAUGGAAUUGCUGUGAAUUCAGGGAAUAAUGGGAGCACAGUUAGGUAAGAGGCAGUGACCCAGUUUGGAAUGCGUUUUCCAGGCUCUGGAAUUGUCCAGAGAAGGGAAGUGUCACCUGAAUGUCCCUCAAGAACUGCCGGGUGCCAGAGCUGGCCUGGAAUCCCACAGGGAUGGGGACA